AUGGUGGAGCAGCCCAGUGUGCCCUCUGGUGAGGAGACUGGAAAACAACAAAAAGACAACAAGAGAAGAGGAUCAGAGACGAGGAUCAGAGACGAGGAUCAGAGACGAGGACCAGAGAAGAGGAUCAGAGACGAGGAUCAGAGACGAGGACCAGAGAAGAGGAUCAGAGACGAGGAUCAGAGACGAGGAUCAGAGAAGAGGAUCAGAGACGAGGAUCAGAGAAGUGGAUCAGAGACGAGGAUCAGAGACGAGGAUCAGAGACGAGGAUCAGAGAAGUGGAUCAGAGACGAGGACCAGAGAAGUGGAUCAGAGAAGAGGAUCAGAGACGAGGAUCAGAGACGAGGAUCAGAGAAGAGGAUCAGAGACGAGGAUCAGAGACAAGGAUCAGUGAAGAGGAUCAGAGACGAGGAUCAGAGAAAAGCAUCAGAGACGAGGAUCAGAGAAGUGGAUCAGAGAAAUGGAUCAGAGAAGAGGAUCAACAUCGGUGGGGCUGACAACAGAGCAAGAGAUGAGAAAACACUGGGUCUACUUUCUUCUGGCCCUCGUGCUGAUACAUACAGCAUCUUCACAAGGUCCUUUGCUGAUCUGGGAUUGAUUUGCACUUUUCGCACCAAUUUCUCCUUCCUGAGCGGUAUGACGGCUGCAUGGUCCAAUGGCAUAGCCAGCAGUGUGAUCUCUGUGUCUCACACACAGGACAGAGAGCAUCUGUCUAUUACCUGUCGUCUCCUGUCGGAAAACGACACUGUUUCUCAGAUCAACUGGGAGAUGAUCAGCAGUCCCAACCAUACCACUACCAAACUGAAACUGGGCACCUUCCAUCCCGUGUUUGGUACCUACGUGGUCCCAGAGUACAACGACACUGUGAAGAUCCAAAGUAGUGCCUCCAGCCGUAGUUCCAGACUCGACCUGAAGGGAGGCGCUGUGGAGGAGGUCAGCCAACUCUGCUGUGUAUUCAUCACAUUUCCCUCUGGGGUGCUGGAGCACUGUACACAUACCCGGAUCAAUGAAAACACUGCAGAGGCCCAGGAGUCAGAGGAUGCACAGCGGCUCCUAGGGGAAAGAACUUUGGAACAGUGGUUCCUGUUGGUUGGAGGCUCUACCAUCAGCAUCCUGAGCAUUGUGACCUCACUGUACUACUGCUGGAAGUACUGCUGCAGACACUGCUGUCACAGGAGGCGAAUGUUUGAGGUAGAGGCGUAUCUGACAGAUCAACACACAGAAUCAGAAGGGGUCACAGAGGAGCCCCCCCAGCAACCCCCUCUUCCCUCACCCCCCCAGCCUCAGCCCCAGGGUUUUGACCCCUCUAAGCUCUAUGCUAAGAUCAAGCUGGACCUGCUGUAUGGACGGCUGUGGAAGGCCUACCAGGGGACGGCCACAACGUGGGGCCCCACAACACAGCACGGGCCACAACAAGUGGCAGAGCCAGGGCCACAACAAGGGCCACAACAAGUGGCAGAGCCAGGGCCACAACAAGGGCCACAACAAGUGGCAGAGCCAGGGCCACAACAAGGGCCACAACAAGUGGCAGAGCCAGGGCCACAACAAGGGCCACAACAAGUGGCAGAGCCAGGGCCACAACAAGGGCCACAACAAGUGGCAGAGCCAGGGCCACAACAAGGGCCACAACAAGUGGCAGAGCCAGGGCCACAACAAGGGCCACAACAAGGGCCACAACAAGGGCCACAACAGAGGGAAGAACCGGAAGAAUCCGUUCUACAACUAGAACCAGAACAUCAACCACCUCUGGUAGGAAGAGAGGAACCAGUGACAGUGACUGAGCCUGAAACUGAGUCUGAGCUAAUACCUCCACCAACCCUGGAUCCUGGGACACAGAUGGAGGAAAUGUAGUCGGACACUGGUUUAUGAGGGGUGUGUGUGUGUGUGUGUGUGUGUGUGUGUGUGUGUGUGUGUGUGUGUGUGUGUGUGUGUGUGUGUGUGUGUGUGUGUGUGUGUGUGUGUGUGUGUGUGUGUGUGUGUGUGUGUGUGUGUUGGGAUGAAUAAUGUAUUGUUGACAUUGGUUGAAACUAUCUGUCAAUUAAUACGAUCAAUCUUUAUUGUCCCAGAGGGACAUUUAGUGUGAGAAUAUUAAACUCAUCUGAACUUUUAAACAGAGUUAAGGGUUUAAUGACCAUUGGCUUUUUAAAGAGACCUGUUAUUACAAGGAGUGAGACAGUGUAUGUUUGUGGCUUUCUGUUAAAUAUAACUGAGUUAUACUGAUUCAUGACCAAUAUACAGCAUAUAAAAUAUUUUUAUGUUGUACUUAACAGUUUUGCUUGUUUUGCAACAAGAUAUUUCAUUGUUCUACUGUAGGCGUAUUACUGAAACCCUUUGAAUAUCUUUUUGCUGUAUACUUAAAUAUGCUUUGUAUACUUUUAUUUCAAUAAAAAAAUCGGACCAUCAAAA